AUGCCUCACUUCAACCCAGAUGUGCAUUCCACAGCCGACGUCGUCCGGCAGGCCGUCAUUCCGCUCACGGCCGGCAACUCGGCCUUUGGGCCGUGCGCGUUGUCUACGCAGCUCAUGGGAGGGGCCUCUAUCCGGGCGGAGCGCAUGGUUACGCAUGCGUGGUCAAAUAAAUUCGCAGAUCUUAUUGCUGCCAUUGUGGCGGAUGCUCUUGGUCUCAUCACGUAUGAGGCGGUGCUGCCCAGGUUGAAACCAGCCGAAUUGCCAGUGUUAAUGAAGGAGUUGCACCAGAGGGGCUUUCUGGGGAUUUCGUAUUGGGUCUGUGCUGCUUGCGUCAAUCAGCAUGCAGGAAUAUGUGGUGCGAACCCAGGGCAGCAGCAGGAUCCAGUCAGCGGCAGAGUACAUCCUGUCUGCAGUUGUAAUCACCCUAAAUUCUGGAACAGCACGCCGCCAUUGCGCUUCGACGGGGAGGGGGUUUUGUGUGAGAUGAACAAGUUUGAUGACAUGAUGCUCUAUCUCAGCUCGAAUGACCCGUCCUUCCGGCAGGUCAUAGCCAUCGACCGCGAGUUCGAUUUGUUCAAGCGGGCAUGGUGUGUUAGCGAGAUUCAUUUGGCGCACUCCUCGUACAUAAACGCAGCUGUCAAAUUCCAUACCCACAAGAGCCUCGAGCUGCACCAAAACAUUUUGAUGAAUCUGCGCGUGCAGGACAUGGAGUCGUCCAGGCCAGAGGAUAAGGCCAUGAUCCUCGGGAAGAUCGACAACUUGGAUGAUUUCAACGAAACCCUAAGGUGGAUCGUUCUGGACGAGGACACCGGCAUCUUCGCAAAUUGCCAGGACAGCCUGCAGGCCUCAGGCAAUCUCGGCAAGAUCGUCCGGACAACACUCUAUUCGAAUAGCUCCGCGCCGUCUACCCCGUCCUCAUUCUUUGCAUGCGUUGCUCGCACGCCCUCGCCCUCAGUCUGA